UACCUCCCGAUAUCAGCGCGUCGCGGCCGGGUCUUCCAUCCGAGCCAGGGUGCAUGUUUGGAUGGGCGUGUUCGACGGCUUCACUUCCUCGUGUGACAGCCAGCCGUGUGACGGCCAAGUGCGCGUCAGCCAGCCGCCACACGCACCGUCGUCGCCCGCCCACCGCCUCCUCCUCCUCCGGAGCUCACCCGCCUACUCGUCCGUCAAUGGCUGCGCGGAGCAAAGUUAGGCCUGAUGCUGCUCGCUCCUCGCUGGCUUCAUAAUGGCCUCCGGGAGGGGAGGAGGAGCGCGUCAGUCCGCCAUUCUCUCUCUCCCGCCUCUCUCUAUCCACACCUGCGGGCUCGGUGGGCGUGAACUCGGGCCGGCCGGAGGCUCCCGUGAGGCCGCCAGAAGUGUCAACUCGGCCCCGCUGGUGGAGCUCCGGUGACGUGACGGGAGAAUGGUGUUCACUGAGGCGGCACAGCACCACUCACCGCUCCGGAGGACUACCGGAAAUAAAAUAGAAGAGACUCUCGCCUCUUUUCGCUCAUUCACUUCUUUAAAAUAACCUCAGUUCCACACCGGAAGUAAAAGUAGCAGCCAUGCUAAUUCUUAUGUCAUUCAUUGACUUUACUAAACAUCCCUUCGCUUGCGAAAAAAAUCACCUACUUUUUAAAACAUCUACAAAAUGUUAAUGUUAUGUUUUUAAAAUAAAACUAGUACUAAUUUAAUCUAUAAUUAGCAUCCUGACUGGAAGACUUCCUCAAACAGACGAGCGUACUAGAUGACGUGUCACACGCUGAUUGGCUAGUUGGGCAAGACACGGAACUGACUUUGACAGACAACGAAUAACACAACAACGUAACAAUAUAUACAUGAUUCAAUUAAACAUCUUUUUUUUUGUUUUACAUUUAUUGCCGGGCUUUAGUAAAGUUAACACCAAAUCUAAGGGGGUAGCCAUUGUCAACUAACAAAAAACUGCUGCGUCACUCGGCGACUGGAUUUUUAAUCUGCACCUUUGUCAAACUGAUGACAUGACAUGUGGGACUAACCGGAAACAAGCUCUUCAAAAUAAUAGUAUUAUAGAAACUUUCAUGUACAAAACGGGGAGAAAGAUAGUUUUAUAGUUGCUCCUCUGAAAACCAAAUUAGGGAUAGGUUAGGUUACCUUAAAGUGUAUACAUCUAAUGAAAUCACACAUAUGUUUAUUAUAUAUUAAGAUUCAAUUUAUUGUUAGUACUGUAACCCAGUGGUCCCCAACCAUCGGGCCGCGGCCCGGUACCAGUCCGUGGACCGAUUGGUACCGGGCCGCACAAGAAAUUAAAAAAAAAAAAAAAUUAUUGGUAUUUUUUAAAUGUUUUUAUUAAAUCAACAUAAAAAACACAAUAUGUACAUAAUAUAUCAAUAUAGAUUAAUUGUAGUGGAGCGGAGGUUUUUAAAAGAAGGUCAAUAAAGAGGUCCCCGUGUAAACUGGAGCCUCCGUGUUUCUUAUUUUGUAAUUUCAUACAGUAUAGGCGAUAUUUAUAAACCCUCGGUUACUUACAACGUGUCAUCACUUCCGCUCUUAGCGCCUUCAAAAUAAGAGCUCAAGGCAUAUACUGUAUAACAGCAUAUUAAAGAAACAGGAACUUAACAUCACAAAGAGGAAAGCCCAUAAAAAUAGGUUACAGUACACUUGCAUAAAAAAACACUGGGUAACGAAAUAUCGUUUAACGUCAAAUUUACAGUAUUUAUGUAUGAACAGAAAAAAAAGUUUGAUUAUUUAGAAAUAUAUAAACUACAUGUAAUAAUAGAGAUUACUACAUAUACAUAAUAAAUUACAUGAACUUGCACAUUUUAAAUGUAUAAGUUUGUGUGUGUCCCUGCCCUUUGUGUUCAUUGGCAUGUAUUAAUUACAUUGACGGUUUAGAAUGUGUGACUUUUAUUGUGAAGGUUCUGACCAGAAGUCCUACUUAAGCUUGUAUCCAACUUUUCAGAGGCGUUAAUGUGGUUUGAGCUCCAUAGCAACCAGAUGACUGACACAUAAAAGUGGACUACAUAGUUGGAAAAAGAAGUUAUCCCGGUCAGAAGGAGAUACUUUUUUUGGAAUAGAGAGUCUAUAGAAGAAGAAAAAUGCAUUCCGCAAGGGUUAGCAGACACAAACAGACUUUGGACGUUCCAUCAGAGCCAAGAGACAGGACCAAAACGCUCAGAGUGCCCCCGUUGCGUCAAAACAGAGCAGCCAGCUGUCCCAGAGCACCACAGAAUGGGGGUCUCUCCGAGGUGAGCUGUGAACGCCGGACCAGGUCCAGCUCCACAGCCCCCAGACCCGACGGACUAAAAGGAAAGCUGGGCUUACAUGCACAGUGGCGGGAAGGCAGCGAGGGUCCUGGGCAGAUGGGGCGAGGGGGCGUCCAGAUUCAGAAGAAGCUUGCAAUCCAGAGCCACAAAGCCUUCACCGUUAUUCCCCCCGACCCCAAGAAGAGACGGGAGAUCCAAAAAAAGGCGGACGCCGAGCUCGCCGCUCUGGAGGAGCUGAGGCUGAGCAGAGCGAUGGCAUACGUCACCAUCCAACCCAGCCGUGUUGGGGGCCGCAUGAGUCUGGAGGCAGUUCGACUGAGGCAACAGCAGGAAAUGAUGCAGACCAAGAGGAAACCGAUACGGAAGCAGCUGGUGGAGCAAACUCAUGUUCUGACGGGCUGAGCUCCACGCAAGAGAUGAGAAUCCAAACUCUUUUUAGAUUUACACAAUGCAAUAAAUUAUGCCAAUCAAAAUAUUCUCGUCAGUUCACAGUCAAGGGCCUUCCAUGAUAACAACAAGCCAUGGGGAGAAAUAAUAAGCCAUCAAAGCAUUGAUUGUUUGACAACAUUCUACAAAAAAACCCAUAAAAAAAGACACUGCUGACAUUUUGAUGUGACAGCAACAAAGUGACAAAAUUCAAAUGUCAGAGUGCAGCAUAAAACUCAGUGGCCUAGUGGUUAGAGUGUCCGCCCUGAGAUCAGUAGGUUGUGAGUUCAAACCUCGGCCGAGUCAUACCAAAGACUAUUCAAAUGGGACCCAUUACCUCCCUGCUUGGCACUCAGCAUCAAGGGUUGGAUUGGGGGGUUAAAUCACCAAAAAUUAUUCCUUGGUGUGGCCACCACUGCUGCCCACUGCUCCCCUCUCCUCCCAGGGGGUGAACAAGGGGAUGGGUCAAAUGCAGAGGACAAUUUUUUACCACACUUAGUGUGUGUGACAAUCAUUGGUACUUUAACUUUUAAUGAUGAAGAAGUCAUGCAGGGUAACCAUUUUUGUAGUCCCACAGACACCCUACACUUCUGACGUAAUGCUGCGUUCAAGGACUCACUUGGAAGAACCGGCGUUUCUUCUCACUGAGUGUAAAGUGUAAAAAUAAUGCUUAUCAACGCCUACAGCUGCCAGCACUACAAGAUGAGCCUGCUUUGAUGCUAAGAUAAAUGUUAUGUGAUGUUGUAUUUUAUUUUUUUUAAUCAUAUUGUAUAUGUAUUGUGUGCUUUUUUUUCCCAUGAAUUGAUUAACGUGGACCCCGACUUAAACAAGUUGAAAAACUUAUUCGGGUGUAACCAAUUAGUGGUCAAUUGUACGGAAUAUGUUCUGUACAGUGCAAUCUACUAAUAAAAGUUUCAAUCAAUCAAUCAAUCAAUCAAUUCCUUUUUCUCUCUCUUUCUUUUCUUUUUCUUUUAAAUUGUAAUUUGACUGCCUCCAGAUGAAAACUAGCCUUCUGGCUAAUUCUGGCUUUUUUUUUUUUUUUUUAACCAUGUGUAGUCAUGUGUUUUAUGACAUGUCAUUGUCCUCUUUGACAUCCCUACAGGUGUAAAAGAAAGGGC